UCCCACAGGCGUUAGAUGGAUCCACUCCCCCAAUCCAACGCUCCCCAUUCCCCCCUCCCACAAAAAAUCUCGAUCUCCCUCAUCAAAUUCAAAUCCUAUAUCUCAACCCCAAAAUCACCACAACUCCCAACUCCAAUCACCACAAUGUCCACCGCCGCCGCCUCUUCCUUCAUCGGCAUCCGCCUCUCCGACGUCCACUCCGGGUCGGGCCGCGUCCAGGCCCGCUUCGGUUUCGGCGGCAAAAAACCCGCGAAGAAAUCCCCUUCCAAGAGCUUCAACACCGACCGCCCGCUAUGGUUUCCCGGCGCCAAGGCCCCCGAAUAUCUCGACGGCUCCCUCGUCGGGGACUACGGCUUCGACCCGUUCGGCCUCGGGAAGCCUGCCGAGUACCUGCAGUUUGAUUUGGACUCGCUCGAUCAGAACCUGGCCAAGAAUUUGGCGGGAGACAUCAUCGGGACCAGAACGGAGCUGGCUGACGUCAAGUCCACUCCGUUCCAGCCCUACAGCGAGGUUUUCGGCCUCCAGAGGUUCAGGGAAUGCGAGCUCAUCCACGGCAGGUGGGCCAUGCUCGCCACCCUCGGCGCUCUCACCGUCGAGUGGCUCACUGGCAUCACCUGGCAGGAUGCUGGCAAAGUGGAGCUGGUGGAGGGAUCAUCGUACCUAGGACAACCAUUGCCCUUCACAAUAUCCACAUUGAUAUGGAUCGAGGUGCUCGUGAUCGGGUACAUUGAGUUCCAGAGGAAUGCGGAGCUUGACCCGGAAAAGAGGUUGUACCCUGGCGGGUCAUACUUUGACCCGUUGGGACUAGCAGCCGACCCAGAGAAGAAGGAGACACUCCAACUAGCUGAGAUCAAACACGCUCGUCUCGCGAUGGUGGCGUUCCUGGGCUUUGCCGUCCAAGCGGCCGCCACUGGUAAAGGGCCGCUCAACAACUGGGUGACCCAUUUGAGCGACCCGCUCCACACCACCAUUUUGGACACCUUCGGCUUUUUCUCUUGAUCACUUGCUAAUUUAUAUAUUUUGUUGAGAACAUAAAUCAAUCCAUGCUAUAUGUAAAAUGAAUUUAUGGGUGUUCUCAUGUAAAAAUUGUGAUAUUUUGUCUC